GUAUGACGGACGCUUAAUGCUUGUCUGCGUUGCUCUGUUGGCAGUCGUUGAUACUGAAGAGAGCGAAGCGCUGGAUUCAAGUGUUAAAUCAGGUUCCCCGUGGCUCUGAGACCCUUGGUCCUUGCAGGUGAGAAAAACAUCAUGAGCAUUGUUUCUGGAGAAUUCAGAAGCGGUCGGAAAUAUGCAUUCACUUGUCUGUUUUCUUCUUUGGUCGUCUUCUACCGUGGGGAACGAGUGUUGAGAGGCAUUUUAAUUCUAUGAUUCCUCUGCUCUUUUGUUGAAUAGCAACACAAAAGCUACACCAGCACCGUGGCAUGUUUCGAGUCCCGUGGACUGGAGCAACAAGUGGUGAGGAAUAAAGUUUGUAGGAGUCCACGGUGUAUUACAGGACUGCUCUGGGUUCUGGCGGCUCUGAGUAGCUCUCCCCCGGGAUCGCGUCAGUUAGCUCGGGGUGAUUAAUGAACCUAAGUAGCUAGCUAACUGUUAGCUGACUAGUUAACAACCAGCACGUUAACCAGAUGCUCUUUUUCUCAACGGCGGCUUUCCCAUCAAAUACGGACGUUUUUUUAUAAUUUUUGUCGUAUUAUCAUCGUAGAAGAGAGUUAUAACGUUGUCAGUAACAGGUACUGAGUUUAACAAGGAAGCAUCGCUAUUGUCUGUUAUUUUACACUGCUAUCACAUAAUUGUAAGAGAUUGAAGCAGAUGGAAAUUAACGUUGAAGUUGAGCAUGUACAAUAAAUUAGUAUUUAUCUCAAAAAGCACCUUUUUAAGGAGUAGGAGGGGAUGCACCGUUGUAUUGGCUAGUAAAGUAAGGACAGGGUAUUUUGCUAUUUUAAACAGAAAAAUAUAUAUAUGUAACUGAGAAAAAAUUUAAGUACAUAUUUGUGUAUAUAAAGCCAAGGCUCUCUGAGAUUUAAUUGUUUAUAUCAACUUGGUCGUUGAAAUUAUACAGAUUAUAAUAUGAUUUAUAUUUUUUGUGCAAAUGUAUUUUGGGCUGUAUCAUUACUGAGAACUGCUUCUUAAUCUGUGUUAAUGGUUGAACAGCAGCUAAAGAGGCUUUGGCAGGAGUUUUUUUUUUUUUUUUUCAAAGGAGAAUUUUUUUUUUAAUUUAACCAAGUCCAGUGCAAGGUUUUCAUUGUACAUUUGUUGCAUUGAAUUUGUGCUCACUCAAAGAUAGAUCCAAGAUGUCCAUAUCUCAAACCCACUUUGGCUGAUGUCCCCUUUUAAUUCAGUUGAGAAGAACAAUCUAUCCCAUAUGAUCAUGAUGAUCUAUUUGUUUUAGAGACAGACAUAGAAAACUGAUGGGAACAAAAAUAUAAAUUACAAUAACUUCUGUUGAUCAAUAUUAUGACCCCACUGGGCAGUGAGGCUGACAGAAAUUUACACUUGUUGUUCAGCAGUUUUGAAGUAGCCGACAUGAGUAGCAUUAGCCAGGAGCUUCUCUGCGUGACUGGAGAUAAAGCUUUGUAGUUCAGGUAAGGCUAAAUGGCAGAAGUAACAAAGUAGCAAAACUCUAAGUGCUUCAUUAGCCGAUGGAAACCCUCUCUUUUGCUCUUACUUUUCAGACCCUUGGUGCUGUUCAGGAUGACAGUUCUUAAGAUACAGAAGUAAAUUGGGAGUGUUAUAGGAGUUGGGUGUGUUUCAUAACCACUGCAAAUUGCUCUUUUGCAACACCUCAGAAUGCAGUCAUACAGCUGCAGUUGGUACGAAUAGUUUGUCAGUGUGUGUGCAUAGUAAUUCUAUCUCUUAAAGGGGACCUGCCAUAAAAAUGUAAUUUUUGGGUUUUUUGUGUCAGAUAAGGUCCAUAUUAUGUUCGUCUUAUGUUGUAAAUGUGAAAACAAACCGUUACGUCGUUUGCAUUCUGUAAAGGUUUAAAAUAAAGGAACGAGUAAACCAGGCCAAUUGAAAAAGCAGGUCAAUCUGACGUUGCGUUGACCUUGCUCAUUAUUAUUCACGAGCGCAUCCUCGGUGAGCCGCGCCCACUCUCUCGUUCUCGUACCCAAUCACAGUGAACGUCACUCUCCAGAGCGAGACCCAGCUACCACUGUAUCCGCUAUGGGUCUCUUCCAAACGACCGGUGUUUCCUUCGGUUCACUGCUGGGAAAAUGAACUUAAAGCCGGGCAGAAUGAAUGAGAAAACACCGCUGGAGAUCUCCGGCUUCUUCCUCAACUUCCACCUCCUCUUCGGACUCGGGGUCUAAAAUAUAUGGUUUAAUACCUGCCGUUUUUAGCCUUUAGCAUAAGGUGACCAGACGUCCCCGAUUUCUGGGGACAGUUCCCGUAUUGGAUGACCUGUCCCCGGCAAAAGCUGUCCCCGAAAAUGUCCCCGAUUUAAGCGUUUCAUGAAUGAGAGCAAAAAUGUUGCCUGUGGCUCGAACAACGGUUAUUACAGUAGCCGAAUAGAUAGGAAGCACAAGUUAUCAGUUCUGAACAACGGUUCUUACGGGGCUAUUACAAGGGGCAUGCGCUGCUACUAAAUAGUACCGAGAUUUUGUCUGUGAUCACACAGCCCCUGCAGCCCCUGCAGCCCCUGCACCGCCGCCGCCGCCGCACCGAAUAUCCCUGGAUAUCAUUACAGACAUCUGGGCACCUUACUUUAGCACACAUUAGCAUAUGCUAUUAGCAUUAGCAUAAUAACGAUGGAUAAACCCAAAUCCGAACCUGCACUGCUGAACCAAUCAGAGCACAGCAGGCUUCACAGCAGCGAUCCAAUCAGAGCAAAGCUCAUUACCAUAAAUGUAAAUGAGCCAAAACCAGUUGGUUUUCCUGUAAGGUUUUUUAGGCAUACUAAAACAAAUCAUCAAAUAACUUUUCAGCUAAAAUUAUGUUGCAAACAUGAUCAAAGGACAUCAAGGAUUAUGAAAAAAUGAUAAAAAUGGGUAUGAAAUUUUGAUGGCAGGUCCCCUUUAACAAAGCAAAAGAAUACUGACACUGUGAGAAUCAAGAGUUUCAUUUUUCUCCUCAUUGCAUCACUUUUGUUUCACAGCCACUGCAAAUCGCUAUUUUCAUAUUUAGCUACACUUCAACAUACUACCAAUUAAUACCUGCUGAUAAUGGUUGAUUUCUUUAAGCUUUUACUUGCCUAUAAUGGUGUUGUAGGCUCAUAGUUUCUAAUCUGGUGCAUCCCCCAGUGUCAUGUAUGUACAACAAACUGGCUGCGUAAUUGAAUGACUUGAUGUUGUAUGUGAUUUGACUUUCGUCUUACAUCUAAACAUGUCAACAUGUUAAACAAAGCUGAUUUAUUCCCUCAGUCAGACUGAAACUGGACGUUGGAGAAACGUGUAAAAACAUACUGUAUGUCUGAUCGCACUAAUUUGAACUUCUCAUAGUUGGACAAACAUACCUACAAAAUGGGAAGUGAUUUUCUGAAACUGGCCUAAGCCUUCUUUGCAUGCUUCAGUGUUUGCAUACCAGGCUUUGAGCUGGAAGUUGAAAAUCAGGAACCCAGUGUUUAUAAACCAGACCAGCAGUCUAGGUAAACCAUCCCAUCAAGCUAUUAACGCAGCUCAACUGAACUGUGCAUGUUAAUGAUUUGUAACACUGGGUUAAACUGCUGGCAUUUUGGCUGGGCUGUGGUUUGACACAUACCAAAGAAACAAGGUCAGUGGGUACAGGCAGUGAAAGAGUUCAGCAAAAGCCAUAUUUGCAACAUCAUUUUACAGCAUCUAGAUCAGAAGUAGGCCUAAGCACUCUAGACCGGAGUAUUUUUAGACAGCCUAAUGGUAGGUUUUAUUGGGUAGGGCUACAUUUACUGCCUUACUGUGUGUUUGCUCCUCCUUUGUAUCGCUGCUUGGUUUCCAACCCUCUGCCCUUGAGCAGACUUUUCAUGGAAUUACAUAAUUACUGGUUUUAUAGUGGAAACUGGUACAGACAUUCACAGGGCUGUGCUCUUAGGAGAGGAAACAGCACAGGGAUCACUGUUGAAAUGAUGGGCACAUUUUCAGUUUGGUCCAUCUAAAGCAGGGGCUUGGUCACUGGCAUAGAAAUACCACUUUAUAGUUGCCGAGACACAGACAUAGUCAUUGAUGCAGUGAAUGUCUGUUUAUAGAUGGAAGUGUCUGAGGAGGAUUUUGCAUAGUUAAAGGCAUGUUUGUUGCAUGUAUGUAAGGAAUGUUUUUAUCACCACAGAUGUUUACAGUCUAAAAUAUGGAGAAGAACUCUACAGAACCACUCUAUAUUUUACUGUUUAGCUAAGAUAUCUCUAUGCUGAUAAAAUUAUAUUACAAAGACAAAAUUUAAAUGUUGACACUGAAAAAUUUCUUGGUUUAUGAAAGAUAUAAGCUUGUAAAAAUUCAAUACAGCAAAAGUUGGGAUAGGCCGAUCAUGUUGUGUAUAUCGUCCUGUUUUUUCCUGACAUAGGAUUCCAGCUGUUUAAUAUUUUAGGAUCUCCUUUGUCUAGUUUUUCCAUCUUGAACAGGCUCAAAGAAGUCGAACAGUGUUUCUAAAUCAUGUUUAAACGUGGUUUCCUCUUUGCACUAUGCUGUUUUAACCUGUAUUUGUGUACACAGCACCAAACUGUGUCCACAGAAAUUGCCUUUUUGAAGUGAUUCUUAAUUUAUGCAGUGGUUUCCACUCCAGAGUCAAGUCUGUUGUAAGUGCAAUGUUGUCUGGGGACUUGAGGAUCGGGGCCACCCAGUCUUGCUUUUGGUCUUUAUCCCUUUUGUACAGAGAUGUCUCCAGAUUCCCUAAAUCUCUCUGAAAUUUGACGCUUCUUAUGUUUUAUUUUUUCAGGUAGUCUUUUACACUCGGCUUAUGUGUUCAAAUGGAAAUAAUGGCGGACGUGUGAUUUUUAAAGAACAGAAAAUAGUACUGUGAGCCAUUAAGGUUAACCGGCUGAGCAGGAUCAGACUUUAGAGUCUCUCAGCACUGUCACUAUCACAUGUAUCAUCAAAGAUAAGCAGAUUCUUUUCUGCUGAUUGAUUAUGUGUAAUUUCAUUUAUGAAAGUCAUCUGUGAAAGGAAACAGCUCUGGCAUAAUCACAUUUAAAACAUUGAAAAGAUUAGUUUUCAAUUCAGUGAAAAAUUCAGCGUGUUCAUCAUGAAAAUUGUGACAUUUUCCUCAUUUCAAAUUGGUAAUAAUAUAGUAAUCUUCCUUUGUUUUCCAGGCUGCAGGGAGAGGAUGUGAUCUGGAUGGCUGACGGAAAGGGACGCGGACCAAUCACGUGAAAAGAUGCUGGCUCGUAACCGCUUCCUACUCCUGGUGGUGGUGGGUGGGGCGGCGCUAGCCAUCCUCAGCCUGAGCCUCCAGUUCUGUAAGUGAUUGUGUUUGUAUACCUGUCCUCUCUCUUGAGAUCUGUCCCAGUAUUCAGAUGUGAAAAUAUGCAUAUCCUCUUGUUGCUUCCCCAUGUGAGCAUGGCCAUUCAUCCAGAAAACAAAGCAGAAUCCUCUAUAGACUUCCUAUAAAUAUCCAGCACCAACAGAGGGGCCCCUGGAUGCUCUGGAGCAGUGUGGCUGCACACUCACAUCUGCUGUGGAAUGCAUAGGUGCACACAUUAUUGUGUCUUUUCUCAAUCAGGUCAUUGUUUAGCAUCUCCUGGAAGUAUUGUCUGGACAGUUUAUCCUUGCCGGCGGCAGUGAAUGCAAGGAAACUAAAGCUCAGUGAAUGGAGAUGGUCUACCAAGUACUGCUAACCUCGCAGCAGAGGUUGUAAAAAAAUAGGCAGUGAUGCAAGAAAUCGUUAUUUUUAUGUGAAACGUGUGAGAUAAAGCGACUUUCUGUUGUAUUCCUGGAAACCAAAAUGCAGAGGAAGCGUCGGUGGUGAUGUUAAGCCUGUGUCUGGACAAGCAUAGGAUUAAACUGGCAUAAAUCAUGCUCCAGCACACGCAGGAUUACAGCCGCAUGCAAUUUGCAGUGUAUGUUUGUCAAGAUUUGUGUGCUGCCUUUCAUCAGUCUGAAGAUACAGUCCCCAUAUGUAAUUAAAAUGUGUUAGCUUAAUUUUUUUCCCCUCUUAAUCUCUGUCCUUGUUUAUUUUCAAAUGCCACACAAGAUGAGAAAUGUGCUGUGCUCUCUUCCAAGCAAUCACUCCCUCCCUUAUCCCCUCCUCUUCCUCACUAGAUAAAAAAGCUUGACCACGUGAGGAGAGGUCACCGUGUGCUGUGUGUUAUAAUUACCUCCUUAUCAAACCAGCACUCACCUCCUGCUCUGUUAUCCUGUCCUUUUUGAAACACCCAGAGGAGGAAAAAGCGAAACCAAAAGAAGCAAUCUCUUGUCAUCACGGUUUAAGUGUUUGCAUACCUGUCUAUUAAAGGUAGUUCCAUUGACUUGGAUGUUUAGUUACUGAGGGGCCACAGCUGUACCCAGUAAAGAUUAUGUUUGCUGCACCUCUGAAGGCUUAAAGGGAUAUUUCGGCAUAUAUUAACGUUACGGUCAAACACACCAUAACACUGAGUUAGACACCCCCUCGAGAGAUGAAUGUUGCCGACUGCUUACUUCUCUAGUUAUACCAACUUUAGUAACAACCGCAAGAUUGCAAUACACAGUGGUCUACGUCUCCAUGCGCAAACCUCAACCAAAACACCACUCUGUAGCCACAAAUAAUGCUCAGAACAGCACCUAACUUCAUCAACAGUACAUAUAGAGUCCCAGCCAUAGUGCUAGCCACCAAACAUCUUUUUAACUUUGCCUGGUUUCUUUAGCAAAGAGACUAAACACAACUCUCCUUCAGCAGCCGUUUGAUUGUGACGAGUCGAUCACCAAGUGCAGCAGAGUUUCGCAGCUCAAGGAAGAACCGUUAUGAUCAUUACUUCAUGGAAAUACAAUCAGACUGAGGCACUAAGGCAGAAGAACUACCAUAUCUGCAGUGCAAAAUGAUUAUUAUAAUGAUUAUUACUUCAUGGAAAUGAUCGGCUGCACUUGGUGUUCGACUCGUCAGGGCUCUUCUACAAACAAGCGGCUGCUGGAAGAGUGGGUGAGUUGUGUUUGGGCUCUUUGCUAAAGAAAUCAGGCUAAGCUAAAAAGAUGUUUGAGUGCAGCAACCAUCACCCCACAGGCUUUACACUGAUCACAGUGCAUGGUGCUAUUUCUAUAGUGGGGCCAUUUGAAGUCUGUUAGGCACUGUCCAAACCAGACCUCUGCAGGAGACCCAGAUCCGUAUGAAACCUCAUUAAAUUUUAACAGUGAAAAAAAUCAAAACCUUAAACUAAUUAAACCCUUGCAUGGCUUGCAUCACCUCCUGUUGUCACAGGCUUGUUGAUGAGCAUCACAGGAAGACCUUUUUGAUUUAGGGGCAUCAAUAAAAAUUUAGGAGAAGCCGCAGUUUAUUUUUUUUUUCUCCCUCCUCUGCGCCCAAAAUGCACCAAGUCUGGUGUGAGUGCAGUAUUCUCAGCAACCAUCACCCCACAGGCUUUACACUGAUUACAGUGCAUGGUGCUGUUUCCAUAGUUGGGCCAUUUGAAGUCUGUUAGGCACUCUCCAAAACGGUGAGCCAUCUUUGCUGGUGCAUCCACAUUUGCCACAUCAACACACCUUUCAGGAGUUACAUUAAACACCAGCCUCUCUUCAUUUUCUCUCUGGGCUCUAUUUUCGUGCCUUCCAAGCACAAUUUGGUAUUUUGGUGAGCCCGGCGUAAGUUUCCCCCCUCCCUAACUCAGCUCCUUCCAGCGGCGUAAGUCGUAGAGAGGGAGGAGAGAAGGCGUGGAAUGGAUUUAACACAGCCGAGACCUGUAUUGACCAAUAACAUCAGCUCCUCUCCUCGCCUUUAAAUCCGCUACCGGCGAGGCGUAUUACAAUUUUCGUGAGGUAGUCGAAGAGAUCAAGAGAUGGCUGAAGACAGCAAUGCCACACGAUGGUGACAGAAAGUAGCCCCUCAACAAGUGUCGCUGUAAGCGCUGCAGAGGUCGUGCUCCACACUCUCUCAUAUGAGCACAGAUGGAUUUGGUGUGUGUAAUGUUGGACCCACAGGUAAGACAAACACCUUUUCCCACAAAUAAACACAGUCACAUAAAGUUGCAUUUAUUUAAACCCCACAUGACAAAGGUGGGUUGUGCGCAUAGAUCACAACAUAAAUUCCAAUAAUGGCAUUAAAAUCGGAACCGCCUGUGCGUAAAGGACGCAUCGCGAUCUGUAGCCUGGCUCUUUCUUUCAUAGAUGUUGGCAUAUAAAAUAAACUUGGCUCACAAAACGGAAUAUUUGUAUUUGGGCCUAACUCCGGAUUGAAUAUUUACAGAAUCGUAAUAAUGUGAGAAAAUCAGAUAAACAGGUAAUUUUGAGUGAAAGUAUCUUUUAUUUUCCUUUUUUUUUUUUGUUGUUCAAAUUUUCAAAGUAGAGAGGACACAGAGACAUGUCAGGUGUUGUGCCGUAGAAUGCACCCCCUGACAGGAGCGCGGUUGAAAGUACACGACAAGGCAAAAACUUUUCCUACAGAAAGUUUUCCGUACCGUGGGAUAGAUUCAUAAAUUUCAUUCAGGCUAUUCAGAUAAGCAGAAAACAAAAGCCCUCUGAUUCGGAAUAUUUGCUGCCCCGAAAAUAUAAUGUUCUCUACCAUAAUAGCUUACUGUACAGUUUACAUGCCCAAGUACACCUCUGUAUGUGCAUUUUUUAAAUGCCUAAAAACAGAACGAAAGUUUGCUGCUCCAUCUGACAUGUUGUCAUGAUCAAUACUCCUGUUUUUUUUUAUAUAUGAGAUCAUUUUCUUCCACUUUGAGAAGCUAAUAAGUGGAUGGGAUGCAGAGGAUGCAUUCUACGGCACAACACGUAUCGAGCUGCGCGAGGAAGAAGGAGGAUAAGCGGGGAGACAAAUUAAAUAUCUUGUUAACUUCAUCAUGCGUGACUGUUUAAUGGAUAUUCAAUUUAAUGCGAUUUCAGCUGUGUUAAUUUGGUCAGGUGGAGUGUCCAAACAUGUGCCAAAUGCACUCAUCAGAUAAGAUAUAGAUCAGAAUAUGUAUGUAUGUAUGUAUGUAUGUCCUGACUCAGAUUUUUAGUUGUUGUUGAUUAUUUAUUGCACUGAAAUGUGCCUGACUCUGUGGCAUCGGUGACAUAAGCACAUUAUGCCGCCGGUCUACCAAAAUACUACUAGACCAGCUGCGCUCUGCCUGCGCUGAAAGCUGACCAGGUUUGAAUCGGCGAGCUUCUAGCGCACUUUUCACACCACCGGCGAGCACAAAAAUGUCACUGCGCCAGCUGAUUCUCUUGACACCUCUCCCUACCGCGCAUCCACGCCCAGCUCGGCAGACUUUGGUGCGCCUCAGUGUACAAAAAUACCACUGUGCGGGGAUCGCCAUCGUCCGCCGCGCCGCCGGCGGGCACGGAAAUAGAGCCCUCUCUCUUUAGCUGUUUUGAUUUUACUUAAUCAGCUCUCCAUUGUGUCAACAAAGUGCAGGGAAAAAGAGAUAUUGAAGGCUAAUAAUAGCCGAUCUAAAAUCAGCACCAAGGGUUUUAGAAAGUGUUAAAAAAAUGGGAAUAUUGCUCAAUCUCUACCUGUCAGAUUAAAACCUUUUCUGCUCACUGCCCCUGUCUGUGAAGUGAUGGUCCUCAAUGCACGACAAAUAUGACCCUCCUUAAAUUUUACUUUAAAAAAAGUCUCAUUUCUUUGUGCAGAUGAACAACCUCCUCUUUUCUUUGUUCCUGUUACUUUAAGAGUGGAAAAAGAUAAGACCUUUUUGUAAUCUCUGGACUAUUUAGGUUGCUUUUAAAGGUAGGAAAUAAAAACAUUCUGUGUUUACGCUUGAAGAGGCAGAAUUAUGACCCAAAAACAGCCCGCUUUAAAAAGAGCUGCUGUUUCUUUUCUUAUUCCUCCUUCAAAACAGCUCGUUCUCUAUUUUUAGAUCAGUUGUAAGGCUGGAGAAAAGCUGUUGUCAUCAUUUAUUCAUCAUACACACUGUGGAGAGAGAUUUUUGCCAUUAUCCAAGAGGCUCAUGUGAAAAAAGCGAGUGAGAUUUCUCGAUGCAUGGUUGAGGGUCAGGGAUUAUUGUUUAAAAAACAUAUUUUUUAACUCUCUGCUUUCAGUCUGUAUUCUGUCUCCAAAUCCUCCUCCUGUAAUCUGUCUGAUUGUGUAAAAGAAAGCUGAUUCAUAUUUAUAUUAUAGUUUGUUGACUGAACCAUAAGAGCCUGAGAGAUGGAUGACGAUCAUUGGUUUAUAGUGAAUGUCUCUCUCUGGCUUAGGGCUACCUGAAAUUUAAACAGAGCGGCUGCAAACAGUAAGGGGGAAGAUUGGCGUGUUGAUUGACAUUUGAGGGACUCCCAGAGGCAAGUCACGACCGAGCUCAGAGGCACUCCAAAGAGGACGAGUGUCGUAGGGAAAACUAAAGUGACUGAAACACAGAGAAAGAGAACUAUUUUAGGAUGCCGGCAGUGGUGAAGAGGAAGGUAAAGUUGAGCUUGGUGGGAGUUAAGUGCCCCAGGAGUGCUGCUAGAUUCAGAACGGGAGAGGAAUGUCACUGCAGGAUAUAAUAGGAGACACCGAAAGGCUGGAACGUAAGAAAUGGCUGUGAGUCAGUGCAAAAGCUGGAGUGAAACAAAUAAGAUGUGGCAUUUUGAGGAAGAGAGACAGAAGCUCCUAUUAAAGGACUUAUAGAUAGAAACUUGGUUUGAUGUAUUUACAUGUUUCCUACAGACAGAGACAUUUAAAGGAAUCUGCUAAAGAUAUAAGCUGCUUCUUUCUUGUUGAAUUGUGGAGGACUUUGUGAUGGAAUAAAGCUGAGUACACAUCUGGUUAAUUACCAGACUGUUUAUACUAUAGACAACUUCGCUCCGCCUUCUGUCAUUAUACGAUUUUGAAGCUGAAUUGCUCUCAGUAUUUCCAGGAUUUUUUCCACUUCCUGGAACCAUCACUUCCGCAGUAGUAUUGUACGCAUGCGGCAGGAGAGUAGCAGAGAGUCACUGUGAUGACGCUCGGCUCAAACAGCGUAUCUCCCGGGUGAGCUAUGCAAUCUUCGCACGCCCAUAGGCUGUAUCAAGUGUCAACCAUAGAAAACAUGAACCGUCUAAUAACUUUUAAAAACAGAGCUGUACAGAAAAAAGAGGACUUGAGCAAAAACCAGUCUGACAGUAACUACAUGUCAACUUUGCAAACGGGGGGUAUUUUUGUGUAAUUAAUUUAUAAAGUUUGUCCACAGCUCCAUAGGGAUUGCUGGAGGAGGUGGGGUUUAUGAUCUAUACUGCAGCCUGUCACCAGAGGGUGCUGUUCUUGUAGAGGCUUCACCCAGCGAGGAGGCAGAUGGUGUCCAUUCUAUAUACAGUCUAUGUUAAUUACUUUGACAAAUGGCGUUAGGGGUGGGCAGUGCACUGGAUUCCGAACAUGGAUGCUGCUCUACAGACACUGCAGGUUCAAAGAUGCAUUUUGACUUUUCUAAAUAUGGCAGAGAUUUGUUUCCUUCAACACAGCUGAGCCACAAUGACAGAUAAAAGAGUGACUCAUGACUGACAACAGCAUAGAUUGAUCUAUUUCCUUUCUCGCUCUGACACUUGAGACUCUUCAGGGCAGAGCCACAUUUACAAAGCCCCUUUUUUGAGCACCAAAACAGGUGAACAGGAACAGAAAGUGAUUUUGUGGCACAGUGAUUGGGUUUACGGGCUUGUGCUCUUUUCUCCACAAGUUUAAUGUUGGCAAGUGACCGUGGGGUGAGGAUUUGUGUUCAUGUUAUGAUGGGUUUGCUUGAAAUUGUGUUAUACUUGAACACACUUUCUUUCAGUCGUUUUUCCAAAGGGACCCCAGUUACCCUUCACCUCAAAGAAACAGUGUGUUGUAAGGAACAGACAAAUUCAAAGCAGGCUCGUAUUAUUCAAAUGUAUAAUCUGAAGGAGGUCUGUAGUUUCCAGCUCAGCUUGUGUGCACUGUUUUUAGAAACUUUUAGAGAUCAAAAAGCAGGAGGGCUGGGGGUGCUCACUGACAACACUUCAAAAAUGAUAGUCUCAAAGUUAAUGUCACACUGUCCCCGGCAACAGGAAACCCUCCACAUUAAAGGAUUUGAAUCAGCAUGGGGGUGAUCAGGGCUCUUAUCCCUAGCUUUGCAGUAUUGCCUAACAUCAUGCUUAAUUAAAUGAGCUGAGGAGGAUGUUAAUCUUGGCUCUAAUACUGUUUGCAGCCCAGCAGAUCAGAGGGAUUCUGUUUAUGUGCAUGAGACACAAAGAGUGUAAACCCAGGAUAAUGUGGUGACUGAUGGACAGCUGGAGACUCAUUGCCAUCAUCACGCACUGUAAUUGUACCGUGUCAACAUUUGUUUUACCUUCAAACCUGUGUUUUGGUGACUCCAGCACAAAACAUUUUGGAGUCCAAUAUUUGUGGACACACCUCCAUAAUUUCAGGCCGGUUCCAGUGCAGAUUCUUCCACCCCAUAAUCACCAUGGCGUGAUAACUGGCACCAGUGAGUUUGUGUGCAUUUUUGUGGCAGGGCAACCAUCUUGAAUAUGCCCUCAGAUCGAGUCAAGCUGUGUUUUUGUCUGCAGAAUGGAGAUGGGAUCAGCAGCAUGUGAGGGUUGAAGAUUAAACACUGUGAGGGUGCAUGCAGUUCUUAACUUAGAGGAUGAUGUAUGUGUGAUCACAUAUGUUUGUGUACACCAGUGGAGGGUUGUAACAUUUCAGUUACACACCCAAACUAUCCUACAUGCUUUUCCAGACGGAUGCAUGUUUAUUUAAGCCAGAUGAACUUUGGUGGAGGAACCAAAACACCAGUACUAUAGCAUCAUACUUUGAUACUUGGCGUUGAAUAUCUUUAAAAAUGAUACCAGAUGAGAUCUUUAACCAAACAUCUGAAGUUCAGACCAGUCCUUGAGUGUGCAGUGCUUACAGAAGAGUGAAAGUGAAAAGCUGGUGUGAAACAAACUCACAGAUAUCUUGUCUCAUGCUGUGUUUGUCUUAUCUCAUAAAUAGGCUGUCAAAGUAAGAGUAUCAAUACUUUACAGGAGGAGGUUUUCACUUUUUACUGUGGAAAAGAGGGUGUUAAUAUUGGUAUUGAUUGAAAAUAUCAACAUGUUGAAUAUCUGCAAAAAUCCAAAAGUUUUACAUUCCAAACAAGACAGAGUCACCUCGAUAUGUCAUAAUACACUGGGGAAGGGUUUACAGAGAGACAGAGUUUAUUCAGGUGCAGGUCCCCCCAUCAUCACCUGAGGUCAGAUAAGAACUCUUUGUCUUACCUUCUUAAACGCUUCCCUCCAGUGAGGCUCUUAUGGACAAAGAAAGGAAUAGGAAGUCCAACUUUGCUGCACAGUUUAAGAACGUGGGAACAAGCCAGCAUGUGAAUUGCUGAGACUGAUUAAAGGACAAAUGCAAAUAUUUGACUGAUAUAAUGCAAGUCAAACUGGGGAUGAGCUUCCAGAAGGAGAGGGGUGGGCUGAGUCAAAGCCCCUCAGACAGCCUCCUAUUGUACCAUCUGACUGAGCUUGAUGUAAAAAUGGGAACACAUUUUAUCUCCUAACUAAUCAUCCCAGCCACAUCCAGUGUGUGUGUGGUUGUGGAUUUGUGUGUGCUUGGGUUUGUGCGUCGGCUACAGUGAACUCUGUGUGCUAGUGCUGUGAUUCCACUCAGCAGUGUUGGACAGAGAGCUACAAAAGCUCUAUUGUGUAGGUGACUGUGACUGAGCUGGCUCCCAAAACUUUGGUUGGUCCCGGUAGGCGUGUUAGUGAGUGCUUGCAUGUGUGUGUGUUUGUGUGAGUGUGUGAGUGUGUUGGUAAUGGUAGUGUAAGAGGCACACAGUGUAGAGCGGGACAGGUUGUGGUAAUGAAUGCUCCAGUGUGUUUGGUUGGACUCCAGUCCACUGAGCGGUCGUCAAGAUGGUCUCUGCUGCCGCCACACUCCUUUUCUUCUUCCUCAGCUGCGGUGAGUUAUUUUAGAAAUCUUCUUAAAAAUAAUCUAAACUCUUCAUAUGAAGAUGUUCUUCCUCAGUAUGAAGAAACAGAGGACUUCUAUAUAUCUGUCUGCUUUGCUAAACUAUACAUGAACUUCUAUAGACUUAGUUUGAACCUUGUUCAGUCUGUCUAGACUUAAAACCAGCUUUUGAUCACAAGUAAGAGACUCUCUUUCUAUUUUAUAUCAAGCUGACUUUCUGAAUAGCUCUAAAUGGUGUGCUAAAUCAAAGCUGAACACACUGUUCAGCAUUUAUGCACUACUCUUGUAUGGAAAAGUGAGUAAAAAUCUGUGCAGACCUCUGAAAAUUUGUGCAGAUGUACCUUAAAUAUGUGUGUUUAAAGUUCUAUCAGUCUUCCAGCUGUGACUCGAUAAAUAUUUGCUUCCUUCAGAUAGAGGAGGUCCAGCUGGUUGCUUCACGGUACAUUGGGAACAUUUUGUCUCUUUUUAUCUUCUAAUGUGAGGAAGUCUCACUGGGUCUCUCUUCAUUUGCUCCUCUGGAACUAAUUCUGAAACGAUCUGGAACAUUGUGCAUAUUCUGUGUUUCUUAUGCUUAACGUAGGUUGAUGGCGGAGGUUCAUUCCACUUUGUUGCUUAAUUCUUAUUGAUGGACAGGCUUGCACAAUCCUCUCACACUGUGUUCAUGCUAAAGCUGAGUUUUCUGACUGCAAACAGUCAGAUUUAAAAUCAUAUGAUUGUAAUUGCACAGACAUGCUGACAUUUAUUUUGUUUCAUGCACUCACAAUGUAAACAUCAAUGACAUUUCAUCCAGGAUAUCCUGUGUGCUCACAGUACUGCAUGAGCAUCAUUAAAAGGUCAUUAUUCAAAGAAACCAAAAGUUUAAGUAAACACAGCCUUUCUAGAAUGUAAAGUGAUGAAAUCAAAAUUCAGAGGCUGAGCAAAGGCACUAUCUCCAACAUCAGCUUUGUCUUUCCACUGCCUUGUUUGAGGUUUAUUACCUCCGCCAAGGAGGUUAAGUUUUCGGUAGUGUUGGUUUGUUGGUUUGUUUGUUUGUUUGUUUGUUGGUUUGUUUGUGAACAACUUUAUGGAGAAAGUUACAGACGGAUUGACCUGAAAUUUUCACCAGAGAUGCGUCUCAGCCCCAGGACAAUCCCAUUACAUUUUGGUGGUGAUCCGGAUCGCCUUCUAGAUCCAGGAAUUUUUGAAGGAUUCUUCAUCAUUGUGAGAUAGGGCAAAUUUUGGAAUUUUUGCAUUUAACUCUAUAAAAAUGGCCAGAGUCUUUAGUAAAAAAUUACACAAAAGGAUCUCAAUGAGUUUUAUGAGGUGUCAAAGGUUGAUCCUGAUCCAGACAAAAUUCUGGAUACUGUGAUCCAGAACACACAAAAAUAAGGGUGUUGUUGGAAUUUUCAAUGCUGAAAGAUAACCAAUGGGCGGCACAGUGGUGUAGUGGUUAGCACUGUCGCCUCACAGCAAGAAGGUCCUGGGUUCGAAUCUGGGUCAGGGCAUCUCUUGUUUUAGGAACUUAAUGAACAGUGAACAUACCAGUUUAAACACAAAUAAAAGUUAAUAAAAGCCACGUAACAGUAACAGUUUUGGUGUGAAUCACAUUAUAAGGGGGGACAUGAGCUGCUUGGCGGAGGACUGCGCUCUCCGAGUGCUUUUCUAGUUUUUACAAUAAAGUAGGUCUGUACGAUUCAUCAAUUUUAAAUCAUAAUUUGAUUAUGACGAUGAGAAAAAAAAAAGAUUAAAAUCGUUAAAUUGAUUUUCCUCUCUAUCAUGUCUCACACCUCGAGGCCACCGAAGGCUCCCCCUUCCUGCGGGAGCACUCCCCAGUUCCCACACACACCAGUGUAAACAAACAUGGCGUUUGAAAAAGUAGGCAAUAAUUUCGUGGCUAAAAGGGGCAAAAGAAUGUAAGGUAUUAGUACGGCUUCACAGUUUCUGAUUAUGAGCAAACCACUCCCCACUGCGAAGUCUGUCUGAAGGCGGUAUCAACCUGUCCACACGAAAAACCAAUUCAGGAGUAAAUACAAAAGUUUACUGUAGUAUCAGCGUUUCAUCCACACAGAAACAGUGUUUCAGGUGACUGUAAACAGAACUUUUUGAAAACAGGUCAGAGAGUGCAUAAAUCCCAAAAGGACUACCGUUACAUCUUUGUGUGUGGAUGCUUGUCUGCAUCUCUCAAAAUUAUUAUGUGACACACACCAUAACGCUUAUAUAGCGCCUGCAUGUGUUUGGCCAAAACAACCUUUAUACACAUGCUCUGUACUCUUCUGUCUUUUCAGCUCUACUUACUGUCUUGGCAUAUGCACAACAUGGUUUCCAGUGGUUUUCGUUUUGAGAGAUGAAAGAAAAGGUUUUAAGUUAAGUUUGGUGAAGUUGUCACUGGAUAAAAAAUCAAAAUCGAAAAUUGAGUUUUCAGAAGAAAAAAAAAAGGAUUUUAUUUGGCCAAAAUCGGGCAGCUCUACAAUAAAGUGAUAAUUUUGGAAUACAACUGCUUAAACAACAGGAUAACUUCUUCUGUAUUUGCAGCAUACAGUAAGUACACAGGCAGUUAUUUUCAAAAAUCCAGGGUAAGGAAACACAGCAAACUUUCUUCUUCUCUGCAACACUGUGAUCUCUGAAUUUUACAGGAGUCAGAGAGAGGAUGAGAUGAAAAAAUCAUGUCAUAGUUUGUCCAGUGUAAAAUGUUCGGCACUGUCUUACUACAGCAGUCAUGUUGAGAACUCAAUUUAGGCUUGUGAAGGUAAUUACAUCUGAGGGCUGUUACUGCAACAAGAAACCAUGUGUUCCUUUUCUCUGUGACCAGACGGAGCCUCUCUUCUGUCUCUGCAGCAGGAUGUAAUAUUUGCAGAUGACUCGGCAGCUAGGAUUUCUGGUGUGUGUAUGUGUGUUUGCGUGUGUGUGUGUGUGAGUGUGAGUGUGAGAGACGCAUAAGCAGGAUUUGGAUGUCCAUCCAGCCAACAGUUCAUUUGGGUUCAGCUUCUUUUCCUUCAGAGUUAAAUCUUUGUGAAUGAGUUUUCCUGUUUCCUCAUGAUCUUCAUUCCUAUUGGUCCAUUUUUCUAAGGGGUCACAGGUUACUGGUGUCUAAGCAACACACUGGUUGCACUGAGGGGUUUGAGGGUAGAGAGCUGUUGACUUGGAGAUGAAAUGUGGCUGAACUGGCUUCCUCUGUUUCAAACCCUCCAUGUCCCUGCGGUGUCAGUUAGUUUUUCACACAGACAUAUCCCAACAAAACUGAAUGAACUGUUAUUACACCUUAUACUUUUAUCUUCUCCUGCUCUCCCCAAUCUACCUCUGUUUUUUUAAUGUGGAAAAAAAAAUAGUUUCAUUAAAAAGGAAUAAACCAGAAAACUAAAUGCCCUCUAAGGUGGUGAUGAUCUUAGCCCAGAGCAUAACUUUGGACUGCUUCAGUACUAUCAAUGCCUGUAGGCUGCAUACUGCUCACGUGAAAUGCUGUUGAAGUACAAGCUGUGCCUCCAGUCCCACAAUUUAACAGUGAGUUUAGCAGGCCCUAUGUGAAGAAGCUUUUUUGUGAUAUUUUGGGAGUCAGAUUGUGGUUGCACACAUAUAUGUGUGGCGUGGACAAGGGUUGACCUGUGUCUUUUUAUCCUGGGUUUUAUCCUGCUUUCAUUUUAUUUCACUCGGCUUCUCCUCCUCAUCCUGCUCUCCCUUCCUUGAUGCCUUCUUUUUCUCUCUCUUUCCACAGUGAACCUCAUCCCCACGACACCAGCAGUGGAGCAGCGUCCCUUCCAGACUGCAGAUGGAGGCGUAGGUGGAGCUCUGGGAAAAAGCAGGAAAAGAGUUUUUCCAGUGCCUCACACCCAGGAGCCCGACCCCGUGGCUGGUGCUUACGAGUACUGCAACACUCCCAACCGCAGUGAACAGGCAUUGGAGGGUAAGAUUUGCACACUGACGAUUAAGACUAUUAAGGCUAUUUAUCUAGUGACAGGCUGCAUGCCCACUGAGUUAAUGCAUGUCUCUGAGUUUGGUUAAUUGUACUGUUUUUGUUUCUGCUUUAGUCACAAGUAGUGUCAUAGCAUCUCCGUUUCAGAGCUCCAACAACAAACCUUCUGAAUCGGCCCAUUUGAUAGACAGCAAAUGCUUCUCACAGCAAUAACGUCAGAUUUAGUGUGUCAGGACCCGAGGCAUGUGCUAAUUGAGUGAAACUCAUUUCCACUACAUUGCAUCAUCUAUAAUACUGCAGCUCUCUGUCUGUACGGCUCAGUUUAGCAGCGAGCACCUCUGUGUUUUCCCCCCAAUGAAAAGUCAGCAAAGCCCGAGGCAGUCACACAAUUAUGCCUCUCUGCCUAAGACAAGCAAGGGCAGCCUCAGCUAAUUGAAUUUAACUCGGUUUAUCUCUGAAUUGCAGUUUUGUGUUAAAAGAAAAAAAAUCUAUUUCUCCAUUAGAGGAGUUUAGGAAGUUAUUGAAACCUAAUCAGAAGCAGGUGGUGUAACUUUGCUCAUUUUCUUAGAGCUCUGAAUAAUUCCACUCUUUGUACUCCAGAGUAUGAACAACAGGUUAGGAAUGUGAUAAAAGCUUCUGAGGAUUCAGUCAGAUUGUUAUGUGGAGCAUUCAGCCUUGUCAAAUGUUUCAGGGGAUUUUUAUGGUACGUAAAGCUUUGUGAUAUCUGUCUAUUGUCUUGAUGUGAGUAAAAGUUCAGCCCAGCUCCGUCCCUUUGAGCACUGUUUCGGUUUCCAACAAAAAACACAGAUUGGAGUUUCCUGUAUCUCUAAGUAUCACUGAUGUGGAGCCGCAAACUGAAACAGAAAAGAACUCAGGAAUAACAUGUUGAAAGUGAUAAAAAAAUCUCUUUUUUAGUUCAGAAAACAGCAGGGUAAAGGAUAAUUCUUAGUUCUCUUGUUAUUUUUAUACCUUCAUUUGAUGCAACCAUUUGAUUCACUGCCAGUGAAGAGUUAUUAAUGUGUUAUAAUGCAUAAACAACGGAAAGCAAGUGCUCUCAUCUUUGUCUUCAUCUCAUACUAAAGGCUGUCUGUAUUUGUUUUAUUCUUUAACCAGCAGAGAGUAAGAACUACAACCUGAACAUUUAGGUUUCUUCAAGUACUGAUAAAAGUUUCCCCAAAAUCAAAACAACAAUUCUUUUCACCAUACCUGUUUGCUCUUGACACUCUCCUCUUUCAGGCCACAGCCUUCCUGACUACAAGCUGCUGUCAGUCCAGAUUAUGAUCCGCCAUGGUGACCGUUACCCAAUCUACUCCAUUCCCAAAACCAAACGACCCGCCAUAGACUGCACCUUAUCCAGCAGCAGGUACAUGCGCCAUUUAAGAUUUACUGUUCGAAUGUGAAUUAUCUAAGAAUCACGUUGGUUAUGGGCAGGAAUGAGAGUAAACAUGGUGAGUACCCCAGAGCUGCCAUGUCCUGCACCAGCUCCACAGCUUGGAUGCUUUUAACAAUAAACAACAAUAGAAGACAGGAAGUAAAAAUGAUGAGACUGUGUAUAAAUCAGACAGCACAGAGCUAUGAAGGUUUACAUGUUUUCACUGUUCAAAAUACAAAGAGUUAGCCUCUUGCCAACUUGUUUGUUGUUUGAUUCAGUUUGUGCAUCGGGGAAUGUAUACAGUGGAUAUAAAAAGUCUACACACCCCUGUUCAACUGCCAGAUUUUUGUCAUGUAAAAAAAUUAAAUCAAGAUAAAUAAUUUCACAACUUCUUCCACCUUUAAUGUGCCCUAUAACCUGUACAACACAAUUGAAAAACAAACCAAAAUCUUUCAGGGAGGUGAAGUAAAAAUAAACAACUGAGAUCAUGUGGAUGCUUAAGUGUGCACACCCUUUAAUAACUGGGGAUGUGGCUGUGUUCAGAUUUAACCAAUAACACUCAAACUCAGGUUAAAUUGGACUCAGCACACACCUGUUACCAAUUAAAGUACCUCUGAUCAACCCCAAAUAAAGUUCAGCUGUUCUAGUAGCUUUUCCUGACAUUUUUGUAGCCACAUCUUCCAGCACCAGCUAUGGUCUGCAGAGAGCUUCCAAAGCAUCAGAGGGAUCGCAUUAUUCAAAGAUAUCAGUACGGUGAGGGCUACAAAAGAAUUUCCAAGCAAUUAAAUAUACCAUGGAACACAGUAAAGACCGUCAUCAUCAAGUGGAGGAAAUAUGGCACAAUGGUGACAUUACCAAGAACAGGACGUCUGUCCAAAAUUGAUGACAAGACGAGAAGAAAACUGGUCAGGGAGGCUGCCAAGAGGCCGACAGCAACACUGAGGGAGCUGCAGGAAUUUCUGGCAAGUCCUGGCUGUGUAGUACAUCAGACAACGAUCUCCUGCUGCCUUCAUAUGUCUUGGCUAUGGGGUAGGGUGACAAGACGGAAGCCUUAUCUCACAAUGAAAAACAUCAAAGCCUGGCUUAAUUUUGCAAAAAGACAUCUGAAAUCUCCCAAACACGUGGGAAAAUGUGUUAUGGUCUGAUGAAACCAAAGUUUAACUUUUUGGGCAUCAUUGCAAAAGGUAUAUUUGGCGCAAAAUCAACACUGCUCAUCACCAAAAGAACACCGUACCCACAGUGAAGCAUGGUGGUGGCAGCAUCAUGCUUUGGGGCUGUUUUUCUUCAGCUGGAACUGGUGCCUUAGUCAGGGUGGAGGGAAUUAUGAACAAUUCCAAAUACCAGUCAGUGUUGGCCCAAAACCUUCGGCCCUCUGCUAGAAAGCUGAAGAUGAAGAGGAACUUCAUCUUUCAGCACGACAAUGACCCAAAGCACACAUCUAAAUCAACAAAAGAAUGGCUUCACCGGAAUAAGAUUGAGACUUUGGAAUGGCCCAGCCAGAGUCCAGACCUGAAUCCCAUCGAACAUUUGUGGGGUGAUCUGAAGAGGGCUGUGCACAGGAGAUGCCCUUGCAAUCUGUAAGAUUUGGAGAGGUUUUGCAAAGAACCUCUCCACGCUGAUAGACUCCUACCCAAAAAGACUGAGUGCUGUAAUAAAAGCCAAAGGUGCAAUAAAGUAUUAGUUUAAGGGUGUGCAUAUUUAUGCAGCCAGGUUAUUUUAACUUUUCUAUUUUUUAUUUUUCCCCUUAAAGGUUUCAGUUUGUUUUUCAAUUGCAUUGUACAGGUUAUAGGUCACAUUAAAGGUGGAAAAAGAUGUAAAAAUAUUUAUCUUGCUGUCAUUUUCGUACAUCACUAAAACCUGGCAGUUAAAUAGGGGUGUGUAGACUUUUUAUAUCCACUGUACAUCCUACUGGGGCAAGGACACUUGUCCAUUGAAGUUAUUCUAUAGAGCUUUAUCAGCAGUUGGCACACCCAACUCUAAACUUUGACAUCUUGCUCUGGAGUAAAGCCAGAACAGUGAAGGAGGAAGCUGAAUUGCUGGAGGAAUGGGAGUGGUUAUGCAUGCAAGCAUGCAUGCCUAUGCUAAUCCUCCCUCCUCCCUUGGCACCACAGGAGCUAUUUCCAAUCACCUUGUAGAAGCUGUUUUAUCAGUGGAAACAGUUUUCCUAUUACAUGAACCACAGGAACAAUACAGAGACGUUUUACCUAAAUCUACUUCCGCAAUCAGACUUGAUAAGCUGCAGGAUGACCAAAGUCUCUAUAUGUAUGUUUGUAAGAAGAAAUGUGUUUUUCCAUCAUAUUGGACCCUUACAUUAAUUUCAUUGUAAUGUGAGGUGCUUAUAAAUACUUACCAAGAAAACACAUCGACUCUGAGAUACCUCUUAUUUUGAAAGCCCUAGCAUUUGCGCACAGCAUGGAAACACUAGUGACAUACUGUACAUGUAUGUAAUCAGUGAGAUGCAGAUACUUUUGCAACAAUCAGGGAAUGCAGUCAUACUACUCAGUCAGUUAGACUAAUCAGCAUCUCUCUUGAAGUAGGUGCAGCUUUAAAGUCCCACUCCAAUCCUUUUUUUUUUUUUUUGUACUACUUUAAUGUUCCCAGUGGUUGUUAAAUUGUGAUUAUGAGGCUGUGAUUAUUAUAAUGCACAUGCUUGUUUGCGAUUGUCCUCUCUAUUUCUCCUCUAUAUGCAGUGUGGCCUGGGGGUGGAGCUUGGAUUGGUUACAUAUGAACUCUCACUAUUUCUGAACCUGUCCUUUGGGAUUCACAGCGAUUUAAAUGAAGAAAUACUCAGAAAAGCAAUUUCGCAUUUAGUUUUCCCAUGAUAUGUCCUGUAGCAUCAGAAAAAUGCCAUAUAAACAUAUAAAAAAACAAGAAAAACACUAUUUUCAGCAAGAGGGUCUUUAAUAAACAGCUUUUUACAAUUAGCAGAUACUUGAAACCAAGAAAGACAAACUUAUUACUCAAACAGGCAGUGUAAAACAUGCCUAUGAGUUGAACUGGAAAUGUGCACUUUUGAAUACUUGUUUAUCUAGCCCAAGUUACAUCCUCUUACAUUAUGUAGCAUUGUCAUUACCCUUUGAAGAUUUGCCUCAUAUCUCGCAGGCCUAGUGUCCACUGCCAUUGCUUCUUCCUGAUUUAAUCCUGUAAACGAAAAAAGACAAGCAAAGACCAAAUAUGAAAAGCCUAACAAGGAGCAUUGUUUUACUUUUCACGGGCUUUCAGAGUCUGAGGAUAAAGGCCAACUAUUUUAAUUGGUACAGGUCAGAGUAAAGGGCGCACAGAGCGAAUGGGAUUUAAGCUGUCUCCCUGCAAAGAGCCCCAGCUCCAUUUAAUACCAUACAAGAGGACUUGCUGGAGAGAGCAAGACACCAAUUACUGCUGCAGCUUCACUUAUCCUCCUGAAAAAAAAAAAAAAACUGUGAGUUGAUAGCAGCUGUCAGGAAAGAGAAACUGUUUUUGAGGCCUAAAACAAGAGGUGACAGGCUAAUUUUCAGAUUCAGAUCAUGCUCUGUGUGAGCAGGAUGAGAGAUCAGAUCAGAUUCACAUUCACAUUUCCUCUGUUUGUCAGCAGCAUUGCAUGUGUCAACGAUUGCAUGUGGGUUUGGUUAACUACAUCUGCUCUGCUGUGCUGUGGUGCAAACCAAUACACAAGAAGAAAGAUGACGACACCAGAAUGAGUGUGUGAUUGUGUGUCAGUGUGAUUGUGUGUGGUUAUUUGUGUCGUUGGCCAUCUUAUCUGACAUGAUUGGAGGAGCAUGCUCCCUAAGCAGCUCUGUUAAAGCAGAAUUGUUGCUGCUACAGUAACUCCCCAGAGAAAUGUGGGUGGAAAACAAACAUGCACACACUCAAACACACAAAUAACAAGCAUUUUUAUCGAGCUUGAUCUGUGUCCUCAUCUGUAUCUCUGUCUCUGCUCUCAUUGGUUCUGCUCCUCUUUCAGAUGAGAGCUCCUGAUAGCGUUUAUUAAAAGCCAGCUCACUGCUGUACCUCAGCUUCAGAGGAAGUCUUAAAUCAGCACUUUCACAUCCAGUUUCUGUGUGAAUACACCAACUUAAAUUCAUACAAACUCCUGGUGAGCUGUAAAAACAAACUGUGCUAUUUUUGAAACCAGAAAAAAAUAGUUCAGGGCAGGCUGAAUGUUUCACUGAGUGCUCACAGUAUUAGAGCAUAUGGUACCAAAAUAUCCAAAAGCCAGUCCAAGACUGUGUACCUGAGUUGAGAACCAGCCAAUAAUGACUUCACUCAACACAAAGCUGUCACUGCGGCUGUAUCAGCUCUGCACAUCUGGACAGAGCUGGCUCGGUUUAAUCUUUGGAGCUGGCACUGGUAGACUCAGUGUUGUUGUUUUCAGAUUGGUAGGAUGCAGGUCAGCUACUGUGCUCAUUUAUUAUCUGGAUUCACUUUAUACUUUUGAGCUUUGAUCUGGAGAUGAAAUCAGGCCAGCAAGUUCAUGAGCUUUUCAUAAAAAAAAAAAACAGAAAUCAGUUUUUAAUCAGAUCUUUGCCUCUACUAUCUGAUGAACCGCUGAUGCUCUGAGAUCCCCAAUCCAAACUGGACUGUGACAUUUUUAAUCUGAUGCACCCUGGUUACAAACUUUAUACGUCAUUAAACAGGGGACGGACGAAGAACAAGUAGCAGCUGUGAGCUGUCUGCCCUCUGAGAGAUGAUCCAGCCUUUUUUAAAACAGAUGUUCAAGAUUUACAGUCAAUCCAAAGACAAUAUUUGACCUUGUGUCUUUCUCACAAUCUCAUAACUGUUCCUAUGCACUGAAAAACAGUCGAAUGAAUGCACGAGGGAUGAGUACGCCAGUGCUGUGCUCCAGUGCAGCCUCAUAGAGCUGCAGGUAUGGCUGCAGACUCCUGUAUGAUAGCAUCAUUUCUCUCCGGGUUGGAGUUGGUCUUAUGGAUAAUAAAAAGGGUCAGAGACGCCUGUACAGGAUAAGUGAUGUUUGUCAAAGAGGGUAUUGAUUAUUUCAGGUUUAAAUGUUGUGUCUUAGUUCAGUUUAAGAAGUGUAUUUGAUAUUUCUGUCCCUCUUAGUCAUAAUGCUGGUAGUUCUGUUUUUAUUUACAGAAGGGUGUAAUUACAGGGAUCUGAACUAGCAUAUGCCCAGGGCUGGAUCCUGACUGAAAGCUCACUCAGCUGUGUGUUUAUCUGUGUGUGUGUGUGUGUGUGUGUGUGUGUGUGUGUGUGUGUGUUUCUGUGCUGGCACCAGCUUGCCGACCCACUGUCUCCGUCUGCGGUUAACUGAGCUCUGUUCAGCAGGGAGCAUCACUCUCUUUCCUUUUCAUCUCCCUGCUCUGACAUCUUUCUCAAGGUUCUGUCUCUGUGAAUCUGCACCAAUCCACUCCAUUCAGAGCACUCCACACCAUUUCAUCAUUUCCUCUAGUCCUUAUUUGUUCCUCUUUUUUUUUUCUCAUCCCUCCUUCCCCCCUCUGCUAAUCUCUCCCCUCUCCUAUCACUGAUGAUAAUCCCCGCUUAAUGUAAUUGGGCUCCAUAAUCUGUGGUUAGCAACAAUCAAUCUAAUAGUCAGCCUGGCUGUCUCUUUGUCCACACAAGUACCCCCCAUCUGCUGACGUCCUGUCUCCCAGUGCAGCCAAUUAAAUCUGUAAAGCAUAGUGAGUCCCAAACUCCCCUCAGCACACAGAUUUGCUGUUGACAGAGCAGAAUAAUGUCCUCCACUGCCCCGUGAUGCAAAUAAAAGUGAAUAUUGAAGCCAUAUAAUCCUGUGAAAGGGAGGGCAGAAACAUGUGACAACAACUGCUGAUGCUAAAGCACAGAGUUCCCUUAAAUCCAUUGAAUAUUGCUGAGGUCUUGUACGUGAAAUAGAGCUUUGAAAUAAAUCAGCUUUUCUAUGGAAACUAAAGAGAAACAUGCAGAUUUGUCUUUCCCGGAUAAACUUCUCUGUUUCUGUUUUUUUUUCCUACUGUUAUAAGGACAAUUUAAUGACAUGAGCUCUUUUUUAUGCUGUGUUCCAGAACUAUUGCAUGAUCACUAUGGAAACAGCAUUUGUGUGUGUGUAUUUGUGUGUGUGUGUGUAUUUGUAUUUGUGAGAGUGUGUCUUUAAUCUGAGCGAGCUGAGCUGCAGCCUCCACAGAUUUGUUUUAUUAAACUGUAAUCUUCAAUCAUCUCUAAUCUAUUAGAUAACCGACUGCUCUGACCGCUGCCCUCAUCUCUUUGUGUCGUGUUUGUGUGUGUGUGUUUGUGUGUAUGUUGUUUUACUGCUCUCAUGUGUUCAGGUACUGUGUCUGUGUGUGAAUCCUUUGGUAGAAACAUUCUUUCAUCUUUUUAUAUCUCCGUCUCUCAUUCUUCAUCCCACACAUAUUAAAUAGAGCUGUAGUGUUGGGUUAGGGCGACACCUGGUGGAUGAUAAAAAUACAGCUUGUUCAUGUCAUUCACACUGAAAGUGUUUACAGCCUUUCUUAGGUGGUAUACAGAAGUUCUCUGCAUGCUGAAAUGAAAUAUCAAUGCAGUUUUAUGUUGGUAUAUGAUACAAUUUAGAUGCAAGCUUUAUUUUCUUUAAGUAGAAGGAAAAUAAAUUAAUAUUUGUGGGAUAUUUAUUUGUCUGGGGUAUUUUUUCAAAAAGAGGUACCUUUCUUCCAUAGGGAUGCACACUACUGUCUGCUAGGUCUGCACAAUUAAUCGAUUUUAAAUUGUUAUCAUACUACUUGAUAAUGACAAUGGUAAAAAAAUUAAAAUCACCAAAUUGAUUUUCCUCUCCAACAUGCAGGAGAGCUCCCUAGUUCCCACACACACCAGUGUAAACAAACAUGGUGUUUGCAAAAGUAGGCGAUAAUUUUGUGGCUAAAAGGGGCAAAAACAUGUAAGUCGUGGAAUUAGUACGGCUUCACUGUUUCAGAUAAAGAGCAGACCACUCCCCGCUGCAAAGUCUGUCUGAAGACAGAAUUCAGGAUGAAAAACAAAUUCAGUAGCAAACACAAAAGUUUAUAGUAGUAUUAGUGUUUCAUCCACACAGAAACAGUGUUUCAGGUGACUGUAAAUGGUACUUUUUGAAAACAGUCAGAGAGUACAUAAAUCCCAAAAGGACUACCGUUUCAUCUCUGUGUGUAGAUGCCUAUCUGCAUCACUCAAAAUUAUUAUGUCUCACACACAGCGUAACUCUUAUAUAGCACCUGCACGUGUCCGACCAAAACAACCUUUAUACACAUGCUCUGUACUCUUCUUCUGUCUUUUAUGCAUUACCUGCACACAACACAGCUCCACUUAUUGGCUUGGCAUAUGCAUGACAUGGUUUUCAGUGGUUUCGUUUUGAGAGAUGAUAGAAAAACUUACUAACUUAUUAAAGUGAAGUUUGGUGAAGUUGUCAUUGAAUAGAAAAUCUAAAAUCCAGUUUUCAGAGAAAAAAUUAGGAUUUUAUGUUUGGCCAAAUUCGUGCAGCCCUACAGUCUGCAUAACAUCAGAACCUUUACAUCACAUUACACCUUCACAUCAGACGCUUUUAAGGUUAAUUAUUGACACUGGCAGGUAUGUUGAUAUCUCCAGUCUCACUGUUAAUAACCAGUAAGAUAAUAUACUAAAUAUGACAGCAAUGUGUUUGACAUUAAUUGUGUAAUUGGGUAAUCUGCUUGUUUUCUGGUACUGUUCCAUGUUGUCUAGGGGUUUCCACCAAUUGAAAUUAAGUCUUCAACACAAUUGGGUAAUAAACAAGUAAAUCAGGAAAAAACUGGUUCAUACAACUGUUAAACAAAGGUGUGAUUAAAUACGAGUUAUACAGUUAUACAGGGCAGCUAGGUCAUGUUAUGCACUAAGUGGCAGGUUAAUGUCGCAGUCACGGGGUAAAGUAGCAUGGUGUCAAAUGCUAAGAAAAGCAAAUAGAAAAUAAUACAGGGUGUGAUACAGGACAGUAGUGAUGAUGUAAGGAGCAAAUAUUCAGAAGUGUAAAAAAGAACACUCUGCAGACACUGCAGGCAGCUCAUCAGUGCAGCUGCUGUCAAGGAUAGUCAACAUCCCCUGAAAUGAGAACAUGUUAAUGACAGCAGAUGACAGAGUCAGAUACUCUUCAGUUCUGUGUGGUUAUCCCCACUACAUGCCACUCAAACUCUCUGUCAUUCACGUCCUCAGGAAGCCCUCCCACCCUCUGUUGAACUCCUUCAUCAGUCACAUGGGCCAGGGAGGGCAAGGCCACUGGGAGUCACCACUGAGCUCGGUCCCCCGUCUGCCCAACCACAGUGCCUGUGAGAUGGGAGAGCUCACACAGACAGGUAGGCAAUACAGACCGUCACCACCAUACACAGGAGUUUUUUUUCUAACUUCAACCAAAGCUGGACUUGAGUGGAGCACUUUUGCAUGCUUUGUUGUACCUAUCAUCUGUAAGCGAAUAGUUAGUUUAAAACUCUUAAUUUUUUGUACCAACUCAUGAGAAUCAGUUAAAUUCAAAUGGCAAACAGGCGUUAAUCUUGUCUCCAUCUUUCUCAGGUGUUGUUCAGCAUCUACGCAACGGCCAGCUCCUCCAUCACGCCUACAAACACCACAACCUCCUCCCUCCAAAGUGGUCACCUCGCCAGGUUUGGGUUGAGACCACAGGUAAAAGCCGCACCCUCCAGAGCGGACUGGCGUUCCUCUACGGGUUCAUCCCAGACUUUGAUUGGUCGAAGCUGACCGUGCGGCACCAGUGGAGCACGCUUUUCUGCGGAUCAGCCUGUGACUGCCCUGCCAGGAACCGAUACCUGGAGGAGGAGCAGAAGAGGCAGUAUCGGAUCAGAGUGAGCGAUACUGAGCUGGAGAAGACUUACGUUGACAUGGCUCGGACUCUGGGUGUGCUCACCCGCCAGCUCAGAGCUGCGAACCCUAUAGACUCGCUCCUGUGCCACCUGUGCCACGGCAUUUCUUUCCCAUGUGUCCCCGUGGGAGAAAGUGGUGCCGGUGGAUGCCUGACGAUGGCACAGUUUGCUGUGAUCCGUCGCCAGCAGCUUGACGACGAGGUUGAUCGUAGACAAGCCAAGUUGUACCAUAAAUACGCAAUCAUGGCCAUGUACCCCUACCUCAACAGAACUGCAACCAAAAUGGAGCGUGUCGCCAGGGACAACGAGGCUGGUCGGCAGCGGCGUGCAGGAGGCGAGGAGGUCUUCACCCUCUCCUCAGCCCAUGAUGUGACCGUGGCCCCACUGUUGAGUGCUCUAGGACUGGAAGAGGCUCGUUUCCCACGCUUCGCAGCAAGGCUGGUCUUUGAACUGUGGAAGAGUCCCCCAGCUAUACAAGGACAGCCGAAGAAGAAAGCUGGCAAAGGAGAGAAGUCAAAGGCGAAAGAUGGGGAGCUGUUCCUCAGGGUGCUGUACAACGGCGAGGAUGUGACAUUUCACACCACCUUCUGCCGCACUCACGACAGACACGCCGGCCAGCCUCUCUGCCCUCUAAAAAACUUCCUGUCUUUUGUCAGGAAAGAUAUGUUCAGAGUUGUCAACGCUACGUCCUACCAGGAGGCCUGCUACGGGCGCCCUGUGUGACAGAGCGACAGAUGGUGAGGACGGUGCCUAUAUGAGGAUGAAGAGUUGGCAGAUGGUUGGGUUUUUCUAGUUACUUUCCACUCUAAAGAUGGUGCACUUUUAUGCUGCUCAUAGUGUCUUAAAAUUCCACAGAUUUUUAAAUGAUGUACUUGACAUUCAGCACAGAGAGAGUAGCAGAGACACAGUAAGACAUAUCUCUGUCUGAUCUUUAACUUUCUAACCUUUUCUACAAACGUUUUAACUCAACUUUUGAAAAUAUUGAAGGUGUUCUGAAGCAAACCUGUCAGAGAUGAGCAAGAGGGAAGAUGUAUGGCACAUAGCCACUUUAUUUCUACCGUCAACAAUAAUAUGGAACUUUUAUCAUUCCAGUUGUUUAGGUGAUUGCAAAAAAAAAAAAACGAAAAAGGGACAUUAAAGUUUGAAAUACUUUGCUGGAUGAUUGUUUGAAAUCCUUUUUGUAUAUCAGCUCUUUCUGAAGCAAGUUAGACUUUGGGUUUAGUGCGACUCUAACCCAACAUGACGCAUCUAUCACUUUGAUCUAUCUGGGUUAUGUUGGGAUUUUUUGCAAUACACUGUGUCAGUUCAUCUUCAUUUUGACACUUCAGCUUUUGUCUGUUUUGUUUCAGUAAUAAUCAUUCAGUUGGUACUUUGGAAAUACAAGUGUGAGACUCUACAGUACAUCUGUAUUUAUAGUCAUUGAUGAAAUAAUAACACUACACUUGUUUUGGCUUGAAGGAACUUUAAUCUAAUAAAGUUUGAUUCUGAACAGAAA